GGCGGCGGGAAGGGACCCCGGCAGUCCGCCGCCGCUCGCCUUCGCUCCCGCAGCCUCCCGGCCCGGCGGGGACAAGGGCAGCCCGGACCUCGCCUGCCCGCCUCCGGCCCUCCUCGCCCGCGGGACCCCCCGCCACUUGCCCCGCUGGAGCCUGAGCGGACGGGCCGGCCCAGCCCAGCCGGGGCAGCCCAGCAGCAGCAGCAGCAGCAGCAGCCGUCGCAGUUCGGGAUCCGGCACUCCUCUUCUCUCUUGUCAAGCUUCUUCACUACCAUGGGUAGCAAGACUCUGCCAGCACCAGUGCCCAUCCACCCUUCGCUGCAGCUCACCAACUAUUCCUUUCUGCAAGCUUUCAAUGGCCUCCCAGCAGUGCCUUCAGACCACCUUCCAAACCUCUAUGGCUUCAGUGCCUUGCACGCCGUUCACCUUCACCAAUGGACCCUGGGCUAUCCAGCCAUGCAUUUGCCCCGGUCGUCUUUCUCCAAAGUGCCUGGUGUGGCCAGCCUGGUAGAUGCCAGGUUCCAGUUGCCUACCUUCCCUCUGUUCCCGCACAUCAUCCAUCCAAAGCAAGAAGUUGCCGGCAUGGCCCUCAAAGCCAAGCCCAGAUUUGACUUUGCAAAUCUAGCCGUGGCCGCCACCCAAGAGGACCCUUCGAAACUCGGACAAAUCGAUAGCCAAGGCUCCUCGCCGGGCUUAGGCUCGUUGCUGGAGGUGACCAAGCUUUCCCCCGAGAAGAAACCCACCCGCGGGAGGUUACCUUCCAAAACCAAGAAGGAAUUUGUGUGCAAAUUCUGUGGCAGACACUUCACCAAGUCGUACAACCUUUUGAUUCACGAAAGAACCCAUACGGAUGAAAGGCCAUACACGUGUGACAUUUGCCACAAAGCCUUCAGAAGACAAGACCAUUUAAGAGAUCACAGAUAUAUCCACUCCAAAGAAAAGCCAUUUAAGUGUCAAGAGUGUGGGAAAGGAUUUUGCCAAUCCAGGACUCUGGCUGUUCACAAGACUCUGCACACGCAAGUCAAGGAGCUUAAACCUUCCAAAAUUAAGUGCUAAAGCUUCCAGUCCCUACAAACUUCAUUCCCCUUUCUGACUUUUUAGCUCAGAUUCGUACCAAAGACAAAGGGGAAUACACCAAACAUUAUUUAAUUGCCUUAAAAAAAACACCCACAAAAUACAGCCGGCUUUUCUACACCCUGAGCAGUAACAUUGAUUUGCUUCUGAGUUACACAGAAGAGUAUAAAUCUUACGUCGCUUCAGUAAACAUUAUGUCAAAAGGUGGUGCUCAAGCAUUGGAGAGGAACCUUCCGUUGUUAAGACACAAACAACUCCAAACUCGCUUCCAGAAGUAUUGCUUUGAAUUUUGUUUUUUGGUUUUUUUUAGUUUUAUCCUUUUGUGUGUGUCUGUUUAAAAGCUGAAACACUUCAGAUGAGAAUUUUUUUUUAAGAUCUUUCAAAGAAACCAGGCUCAUUUUUUAGGUACUUUGGAGACAGAUGGAAGACUUUUGAGGCAACAAUAUGAACACCUAUCCUGUAAACAGGUCCAGAGGCUCACUACAAAUCUAAUUGCUUGGAGUCUUCUAUUGGCCGGGCAUCCUCUCUGCACACUUCCACAAGCACCCUGGGGUUUCUGUUUGUUUGUGGUCUGGUGCCUUGAGAGGUGGUUUGUAAUUUGUGGGUUUAUUUAAACAAAAACAAAACACUCAAGGGGGAAAGGGCUAGAGGAUGGCGCGCGGCAAUAAAUCAAAGGGAUUGCUGUUCACAGUUUGGUUUUAAUGGUACUUUCAAGUUAGUGUGUGUCUGAAUGGGGGAAUGAGAGGAUUCCGGGGGUGGGGUGACAAAUCUCGACCUGAGAGCUUUAUCUGAAGUUGUUUUGUUUCUUAAGCAGUGUAAAGAGUUGAGACAUUCCAAUAUGUUUUUGGUUAAAGUUAUUGCUAUGUGGCACUUUAUGCUGAUUCUUGAUAAUGAACAUUUAUCACUGGAUUUAUUUGGGUUUUUUUUUUAAGUAUUAAAAAUAAAUUGGUAUUUUACAGGCAA